GACCGUGCGCCGAUUGGCUCCUCGGGAAACAGUGCAGUCGUCGGCUCCAGAGUGUGCGCGCCCGAGCUGCGUGCUUUUCUCUCGUUGUUUUCGGGAUUGCUCUCUGAUAACGGCUACCCAGGGUUUGGAACUUCUCGAGAUUUCUUUCUUAAAAGCAGCCCUUCUUUUUUCAGUUCAAGAUUGAAGCUCGAGGAAUUCACUAUUUGGCUGAAAUAGGCACAAGUUUCCGUUGGAGAAAAAAAAACUUAACGGCGGAGGACAGACUUUCUAACGUAUGGCCCGCCGUUUAAGUUUCUUAUUUUGCCUUAAAAAUGAGGAAGUUUGCAUUUUGUUCUUAUGGCAUAUUUUUGUUUGUUUUCUUGAAAACGUUUAAAGCCACCUAUCAAAUUAGUACACCUUCUCAGGAGAACCAGUUCAGUAGGUGUGGCCUCAAUGCCUUUACACCCCUUCGCCGCCCCUGUUGCUUUGUACAAAACUGGUUUCACUUACAGAAGAACCAAAUUCUGACAGAUCUCACUUAGUACCUAAGCCCUAGAAGACUGUCUUAGCGGGCUGGUAGUCAACUUAGGUUACAGAGAUUCUAGUUUUACUGAGCUGUUUUCAUGAUUGACUUGCUCUCCUCUGACUUAAUGAUGUCUUCCUUCCUAAGUAGAGGGUGCCAUGUUGGAUAUGCCCGUCUCGGUCACAGGAGCUUCUUUUUAUCUUGAGAGUAUAAUGUGAAACUCUGGAAAUGUUAUUAAUCUAGAAGAGGUUAUAUCCAGAAGAGAUUAGAUCCUGGACAUUUCUGGGAUUUAGAUACUAAAGAAGAUUAUUUGAAGACUCCUUUUGGAAUCAAAUAGCAUGGAUCUCAGCAGUGACUACCAUUUCCUCAACCAGAUUUUGUGGAGAAGAGUGAGACUCACAUUAGUUUGUGGCAUUUUUGAAGGAGUGCUGCAACAUGUGGACCCUGACAAGAUUGUUGUUUUGAAGAAAGUGAAGAAUGUAGAGACUGGUCUAAGUGUCCCAGGAGUGAAGAUGUUUUUUGGACAUGAGAUUGUGAAUGUGGAACUACUGGAUGAAGUGGAACACGGUGCAGUAAGAGAAAAGGCUUCUUCUGUUAGUCUAAAUACAGAAAGAACCAAGGUGGAUACAAUAAAAGAUGAAGACCUAAAUGUACAGAAGCCUGCUUCUCCUACUCCUGAGGUGCCAAUAACCUCUCUUCUGAGUGACCUCAAGUACAGCCCAUCUGAGGAAGAGGAGGUGACAUACACAGUCAUUGAUCAGUUCCAGCAGAAGUUUGGUGCUGCAAUGCUCCACAUCAAGAAGCAAAGUGUCCUGAGUGUGGCAGCAGAAGGAGCUAAUGUGUGUCGUCAUGGGAAACUAUGUUGGCUUCAGGUGGCCACAAAUAGCCGGGUUUACUUGUUUGACAUUUUCCUUCUGGGAAGUCGUGCUUUCAACAAUGGACUUCAGAUGGUAUUAGAAGACAAGAGAAUUUUGAAGGUUAUCCAUGAUUGUCGUUGGCUUUCUGAUUGCCUCUCUCAUCAGUAUGGAAUUUUGCUGAAUAAUGUCUUUGACACCCAGGUAGCAGAUGUCCUUCAAUUUUCCGUGGAAACGGGUGGCUUUCUUCCAAACUGCAUUAGUACUUUACAGGAGAGUUUAAUCAGACACCUUAAAAUAGCCCCUAAACAUCUCUCCUUUCUGGAAGUGAGACAAAGAUGGAUUCGAGAAAACCCAGAACUGUGGUUCACACGACCGCUUUCACCUUCUUUGCUGAAAAUUUUGGCUUUGGAAGCUACCUACCUGCUCCCCCUUCGCUUGGUACUCUUGGAUGAAAUGAUGUCUGACCUAACUACCCUGGUGGACGGAUACCUAAACACCUACCGAGAAGGGUCUGCAGACCGACUUGGAGGCAUGGAGCCUACAUGUAUGGAGCUCCCCGAGGAACUGCUUCAACUCCAGGACUUCCAGAAGCAGCGCAGAGAGAAAGCGGCAAAAGAAUAUAGAGUAAAUGCGCAGGGACUCCUAAUAAGGACAGUACUGCAUCCAAAGAAAUCGGUGACAGAGACGGCAGGGAAAGAGGGAAAAGUACGAGGUUUCUUACUUUGUAAAAAUUCUACACAAGAUAAAGCUCCAAAUAUUACAUCUCAUGAGGAUGUAAAUUUACUGAAAGAAGAAUCUGAGAGUAAACAAACCACAGUAGAGCCUCAAUAUCUACCUCCCACAAAGGAAGAUGCCAGCGAGGAUUCCAGUUACAACCUAAAUUACCCUGAGUCAGAGGGGGUUAAAGACCAGAGAAUAACUCAGAAAGAACAUCUCAAGAUACCUAAACAAGAAUUUAAGACAAGUUUAUCUUUGAAAGAGGAGAUAGAACAGUUAUUGAUGGUGGAAAACAAGGAAGAUCUAAAAGGUACAAAACAAGAUGUUUCAGUGUCUCCUUCCCUUCCUCAGGAAACCAGAGUGUCUCCAAGUGGCAUUUUUCAUCCUUUUAGAAAAGCUGUGCUUCCCACACUUCCUCCCUGCCCAGCUUUGGAAAAGACUGAUUCCUGAUUAAAUCCAGAUUCUCCCAAUCUGCCUUAGAGAUCUGCAAUUUGUUUUUGAAGCCAUUAAGGUGGCUUAUUUCCUCUGCCAUCAGGGCCUUCCUCAGUGCUUAAGUUUCUCAUGUUGUAAAUUCAGUUUUACCUCAGUCACAGUCUUUAGGGAAAAUUAUAUCCUCUUACUUUCUGUAUUCCUGGAAUUUGAUUAGGAUGGGAAUGAAUAAGUUAAAUAAUGGAAGAAGUAGAUUUUCUGAUUAUGUCAUUCUGUAGAAAUGUUCCCUGUGGCCAGACUAAAUUAUUUCUCAUAAUUUGGGUUUAAAAGAUUUGAAGAAGGGAAAAAUUUUGGACUUAGUGUCUGGAAGAACCUAUACUUAAAAUUUUUUUGUUGUAUUUUUUGGUUUGAAGGGGGUUGGUAAAACUCUUAGCCAGAAGUUUAAAAAAAAUGAUACCCAACAAAUUUAUCAGAACUUUUUUCCUUUUUAAAAUAUUAAUAAGUAAGUUUAUCAGGUAUACUUCAAUAAAGCUGAAAAAAUCCAACUUUAUUUUUCAAUUUAAGUUUUCAGUCUGUCUUAUGUUAUAGACAAACAAUAGUUAAUGUUACUACAGGAAUCAGUGUAACAGUUCUAGGUUUUUUUCAUUUCAUUAACUUUUAGACAGUUUUGUCAUUUUUCCUAAAUAGCAGGAACUUCGUUAAAGUAUGUCUGUUAUGUAAACUUUAAGUUUGAUUGCACUGUUUGCCUGGAGAUGGUAUGCUUUCUUAGGGUGAAAAGAAGGCAAGUUGUCCUGAGUCUUUUUAUAUUGAAUACUUGCAAGUUGCUCACAUUCUUUUGUGUAUAAUAAGCAAUAAACCUGUUUUGGCAUUA